GGAUUUAACUAAAGUAUUCACAAAGCGCUUUUUGAAUUUUAACAUUAAAGCAUGGUUUGAAAUUUGAUUGAAAAGGUUGUGAAAUUUUUGAAAUUUUUUUGUUAACUCAAAACACAACAGCAGUGUCUUACCACUUUGAAGAAAAAUUACGUUUAACAGAAAAAAUGAUCAGAAAGCAAAUGAAUUACUUACUGCUUAUAGUAUUUACUGCUUAUGUAUUCGCAACAAACUGUCCCAAACAACCUCUAUUUUCAACAAAAACACCAUAUACUUUUAUUGGGAACAAAGUUACAGAUAACAAUGCACCUAAAAACUGCAAACCUAUCCAAAUAAAUAUGGUCCAUCGACAUGGUAAUCGUUACCCUAGCGAUAAAGAUGUAAGUGAAAUGGAUAAAUUACUCAAUUUGAUCCAAAACAAAACAUUUUUGAAUAUCACAAUACCAACAAAAAAUCUGUUUAAAAAAGAAGAAGAUAGUUUGCUUAACGAAAUAGGAGAAAAGGAGUUGUACGAAAUUGGAAAGAGAAUUCGCACAAGAUUUUCAGAUUUGUUUCAAAAACGCUAUUCUCCGCUGUUAUACAAAUUUGAAAGCACUUGUAAAUUACGUACCGUUCAUAGUUCAAACUCUUUGGCAGCAGGUUUGUUUGAAAACACAGGAACGCUAGGAGCGUGUCACAUCCAGCCUAUUGCCAUUCAAACGUAUCCAUGUGACAGCAGCAAGGAGUUAGAGUUUUAUAAGAUGUGUAAAAGUUAUACUGAUAAUGUUGAAAAAAAUGAAAAAACUAAGGAAGAGAUGAAAAAGUUUGGUAAAGGAACUGAAAUGAAUAACGUUCUGGAUAAAGUAAAACGCAAACUUGGUUUAUCAUUUUCUCUCGAAGUAAAGCAUUUAAAAAUUAUGUAUAUUUAUUGCUCGUAUGAAAUCGGAAUGUUUAAUGGCACCAUGGAUACUGGUUUUUGUUCAAUGUUUGAUAAUGACGAUCUGCAAGUCAUAGAGUAUUAUUUUGAUUUGGAAGAUUUUUACUUAUCUUCUAAUGUAUUUCCAAUAACUUAUAAAUCUAGUUGUCCUUUACUUGCGGAUAUUGUGAAAACAUUAAAAAAUGCAACGAAAGUAGAUAGUACUGAAAGUUUUAACGGUAUAUUUCGAUCUGGUCAUUCAGAAACUAUUGUUCCAUUUCUUGCACUACUUAGAGUGUACUUAAAUGAAGGUAAUUUGACUGCUAGUAAUUUUAAAGAAAUGAAGGAAAGAAUAUUUCGUCCAUCUUGUUUGGCGCCCUUUUCAGCGAACAUCUAUUUUGUCCUUUAUAAAUGCGAUGAUGGUAAUCAUAAAAUUCAACUUUCGGUGAACGAGCACCUCGUAAAGAUUCCAUGCUGUGAUUCAAAGGAAGAUUGUAGUUUUUCUAAAUUUCUUGAAUGCUACGAAAGCACCGCAAUAAAAUGUAAUUACGAAAGCAUUUGUGCAAGCAGUCCAAGCCAAACGAGUAAUUCAAAAGUGGUAUUUAAUACUUGGGAAUUUGUUACAUUGUAUUUUACGGCCAUUGUUUCACUUUUUAUGGCAGAAAAAAAUUUAAUCUGAUUUCA